GAGAAGCAGAACUUUUGAUAGAAGUGUGCUAGCUUUGUCUGUCGCGAUUCGAAACAACAAUAGUGUCGCUUAUGUUUAACGACAGAUGACUACAGCCGUUUCCGGAGCUAGUAAACAUCGUAUCAGCAGCAUUUCCUAAAUAACCGUGAAUACACUGUCAGCUCUGCGUUUGUUUUGAAGCUAACUCCAGGAUCUGUCUGUCUAUGUUGCUAAGCUAAUUUCUUAACGUCUGCAAAGCUGACUUUGUUUCAGUGGAAUGGCAACAAGACAGCCAACGGAAAACGAUGCCAGCCUUCCUUUUGCUGCACUUCAGCUCCUGGCUCCGCCUGUGCGUCUGGUGUCUGCAGCUCUCUGGAAAGUGCUGAAGCAGAGGGAUGUGAUGCAGUACGGGGUUGUGGAGGAAUUCGUGACAUCUGCCUGUGAGACUGUCCCUGGGCUGCUCACCGUGAGACAUCAGGGCAAGCUGGCACUGGGGCUGAGAGCAAGGUUAAUCUUGGAGUUGUGUUCUAAGCAGCCUGAUGUUAAGGUGAUCGAGGCACAUCUGGAAAGGAUCCGUGUUCCUGCUGCUGCCUCAUCCACUUCAGCUGCUAAUGUGAGGAAGGACGUCAAAAUUCUGAAAACAGUGGAAUGUUUCCACUCUUUCAUUCACACAUUGCUAACAGACCCAGCAAAGAGAGAGCGGUUCUUUAAGGAAGAGUUUCUUGUGGAUUAUGGCCCAAAGUUUGACCAGGAACUGGAGAAGCUGCUGUGGGAGUUUCUGAUUCGCCUGGACCAGCUGCUUCCAGUUCCAAACUUAGCUCAGACGGUGUCAUGGCUCAGUAAAGCCCCCCCUGUCCUGGAGGAGUGUGCACGUGCAGCAACCCAACCCCAGCUCCUGAAAAUGUUGCUUCAGCAUCAAACCUGUCUGGGUCAUCUGGAGUCAGCAGCAUCCUUACCUCCAAACAUGGGAGACUCCAUCCUGACUUUACUUUCUCUGCCACCAUCUGGAAGAGUACCCUCUGAUCAACACUCAGGAGCCAGACAAUCUCCUGUGCGUCAGUCAGAUGACAUCCAGACAAGAGACAAAACAUCAUUUAUCACACCUGUUAUCGGACUCAUAUCAAAUGAAGAUGUACCAGUCUUGAUCUCUGCUGCUAAAAAAAAGCUACAAAGUGAUGAGCCAGCCACCUCAAAAGAUGCAGCCAAUCAAGAGAGCUUAAGAUUCACUUCAAUUAAAGAGAAACAACAAUCCAAAGAUCAUGGAGUGAAAGAGGGCCAGGAGCAGCUGGAGGAGAAGAGCUUAAAUGGAAGCAGCGGAAAGAAACGCAAGCAACCUGACAAUAGAGAAAGUGAAUCUGAGGAGGAGGAAGAAGAAGUUUUAAGCAUUGCAAGAUCUGGGAAAAAGAGGAUUCGCAGGGACAGGCAGGGUAAAGAUGAUCCUGGAACAAAUAAGAACGAGGAACAUGGAGCAAAUGCUGCAAGACACGAGGGUAACAAAGAAACCACGGCAACUUAUGUGACCCAGGUUGGUGUCAAAACACUUCAUCUACCUGAAGAUCCAACGCUCAGCUCCAUUGUUGUCUCUUGUCUGAGGAAACAACCCAAAGUUGUUAUUGAAAAGCUGUCAGUGGCCUCUGGUAGCCCCAGCGGAUCCAGCAGAACAGGAAAAUCCUCACAUAAGGAACACCACAAUCAGAAGUCACCAGUUAAAGCGCCAACACAGAAACUAGCAAACAUCCGUCAGACGCUUGCCUCAAAGUUUCCUGCUUUGGAUGAUAAAGAGAAUCAUCCUGUGUCACCGAGUGUGAGCGUCUCUCCCUUACAGCAGCAGAGUAACACAGAGAUGUUGGGCCUUCAGGGAAGCAGUGACGACUACGUGGCUGAUUCUGAGGAUGAGGCGACGAAGAACUUCAAAGGCCGACUGUUCAUGAAGCGCUACGUCAAGACCAAACACGGCACCUACGUUCCCACUCUGAGGGAGUACUGGAAACCUGGAAUGAGCCCACGCAACUUACUCUCCACUGGCAGCAAACGGAGGUGAUGGAAUAGACAUUCAUGUGUGAUGUUUAAAAAUUAACGGCAGAAAGCCCUGAAGUAACGUCACAAUUACAGGAACAGACAUGCAAUUUGUUAGAUUGUGAUGAUGCAGUUUUCAUUUGUAAAUAGAGGCUUAACCAUGUAUAGAUUAUCAGUGCUAUAAAUCUAUUUUAAACAAUAUGUAAUAUUCUCGAUGAAUAAAGUUUUUGAUAUUGCAGUCAUA